CCCGCCCCGCGCUCAGUCCCGCCGCCCGCGCCGCUCCGGCCCGCCUGCCAGACGUUCAAUCCAGAGACCCUUGAAGAGGAUUACGAUUCAGUGUCCAGCAUGGAUACAGAGGAGGAAAGCUUAACAAUUCCCAUCAGUAAAGAUGUUUAUGAAAUCCUUACAAGACGAGAGAGCUGUCUACGUGACCUCAUUGAGAAGAAGUUUGGUUGUAUAUCUCUUCUUAAGAGUAUAAGAUGUCCUCUUGAAGUAUACAGGAAAACCCUGAAGGAAGGAAUUGAGAUAUCUGUUUGGAUGGAUGAUAUGACAAGACAUAAUGCUGAUGCUUUGGUGAAUGCAGCCAAUGAAUAUUUGCACCAUAUUGGAGGCCUUGCUCUUGCCCUGGCGAAAGCUGGUGGGCUAGAAAUUAAACAAGAGAGUAAACGUUAUAUUGAGCGUCAUGGAACACUCACCACUGGUCAAAUAGCGGUAACAGGUGGAGGCAGGCUUUCUUGUAAGAAAAUUAUCCACACAGUAGGUCCAAGAUGGUCUGCAUAUGAAAGUGAGAGAUGUUGUCAAAUACUUGAGGCAGCCAUUAUAAAUGUCCUGAAAUAUGUUAAUGCUCCAGAGAAUAAUAUAAAGUCUCUGGCUAUCCCUGCAGUGAGCUCAGGAAUUUUUGGCUUCCCACUAGAUUUAUGUGCUCAUGUGAUUGUAAAGACUAUAAAGAAUUUUGUUGAGCUAGCUCCAUUAUUUGGCUGGAUCAAAGAAAUCCACUUGGUGAACAUUGAUGAGCCCACAGUUGCAGCAAUGAAAAGGGCCUGUGAAAAGUUGCUGGGGAGGAGUGAUAUCAACUCACUUCAGGAGACUCUGCCAGCUUCAGCAAACCAGCUUCAAGAUUCCAUCACAAUCAAUGGUCUUCACCUACAUAUCGUAAGAGGACAAAUUGAAGAUCAGCAAACUGCAGUUAUUGUUAAUUCUGUGGUCAUAAAUGAUGAUCUGUCAAGAGGAAACAUUUCAAGAGCAAUUCUGCAAAAAGCAGGCUCACUUCUUCAGCAGGAAUUUCGGUUUGAGUCUCAAAAACUUCCUCCAUCUUGUGAGAAAUUCAUAUUGACAAAAGGAUACAAUCUGGCCUGCAAGUCUGUGCUCCACAUAGUAUGGUCAUCACAAAGCAGCAGUGAUUCACGCAAGGUAUUAAAAACUGCAAUGUCAAGAUGUUUGCUUAAGAUUCAGGAGCCUCCAUUUCCUUCAAUUUCCUUCCCAGUAAUUGGAUCUGGAGUAUUACAUUUGCCAAAGGAUGAAGUGGCAGAUAUUAUGAUUGAUGAAGUUUUAAGCUUUGCAAAGGAACAUCCUGGGAGGAAGUUAGAUGUGUAUUUUGUGAUCCAUCCAAAUAACAGUUUUGUCUACAAGGCUUUCCGAACCAAGUUUGAUUCAGCGAAAAGCAAACUAGGACAAGAUGUGGAAUGCAACAGAAGUGAUGAUUUGGGGUCACGCUCUGACAGACCAGCUGAAAUGGAGAAUAAAAAAACUGGACUAGCCAUUGAACUUAUUGGAAAUCGCUGUGAAACACUGGAAGCAGCAAAAAUAUGGAUCAAAAACAUAAUGCAAGUCCAGGAAAGUCACCGUGUCGUUAUCGAAAACAAUCACAUUUUUAACCUUAGCAAAAAAGAUCAUGCAGAACUGUCUCGUCUGCAACGUUUCGGUGCAUUCAUAUCAGAAGAAGUGGUUGGUGGAAAGGCGAGAUUAGAGAUUCAAGGUCCUCCUGGUGCUGUAAUUGAUGCGGUGUUCUUGAUCGAAAAUUUACUGUGUGAUGUGCAAGAGAAUAAUAGAGCCAAGCAAGAGGAACUGCUGCUGUCAGAGGGCCAUCUGGAAACUGAUUAUCCUCCAGAAAGACUCCGAGACAAGACAAGGGAUACCAAAAUGCGUUACCAGAUCUCUCCAGUAGAAUCAUACUGCCAGGAAUUCAAGGACCGAGAAAAACGAUUUGAAAAAGCUGGGCUUCGUGUUCUCAAGAUAGAAAAAAUACAUAAUCCUGUUUUAUCAGCUGCCUUCCAACGGAUUAAAAAAUGUGUAGAAGGAAAAACUAUUGGAAAGCAGAUAUGCCAUAGAUUGUACCAGCGUGUUCCUGCUCAGUUCUGUAGCUUGGUAUGCAGAGCUGGAUUUCAGAGAACAUACUCCCCUCCACCAGAACAAAAAUAUGGAGCUGGCAUCUACUUUAUCAGGAACCCCAGAAACCUAAUGGAGGAUACCAAGGAAAAGUGUGAAAUGGACCAUCUAAUUUGUGUAUUUGAGGCUGAGGUAGUAACAGGCUUAUACACUGAGGGCAAACAGUCUUAUAUUGUGCCACCAGCAGUUGAUGCAGAUGGCAUGACUGUAUAUGACAGUGUAGUAGAUGAUGUUCACAAGCCUGAAACCUUUGUCAUUUUUAACAGUAAUCAGGCCGUUCCACACUAUAUAUUGACAUGUUCCCAGAUUUGGGCUGAGGGGUCAGUGCCUUACUAGGCAACCAGGGGCCCAGUAGAUGAGAGUUCAUCAGAACCAUGGGACUUAAGUGUUCCCCAGAACAAAGAGUACAGACAGCAUCCUGUUAAAACCCAAAUAGUAGCAUAUCUGACACUACUGCAGUAGUGUGGUGAUGGUGCCUUACCUAACAAUCUUGACACAUCCCUGUUGGUAUAUACAAGAGCUUAAUCAGUAUGAUAACCUAAGGAAGUUAAAACUAUAUAUAAUUUUAUAUCUGAAAGGUACGAGAUACAGAAUUCAGUUCACCAUUCCUGGGGUGGUGAAAAUAUAUAGCUUCAAAAAUAUGCAGAAGUUUUAUUUUUCUAUAAACAGCCACAGUAUGUACACUAUGCAUUUUAUUUUACUAAAGCACCAGAGACGAGUAAAUAUAUAUUUAGUCACAGAAAUGUCUGUUUUAUAAAAGCCUGAAACAAUAUUUUAUAAACUUAAAAAUCACACAUUAGCAAAAACCAUCUAGUCCAAAGUAAUCCACUGCGAUUAAAACAUGUAUUUAGGCUGUUCGUUUUAUUUUUAAUUCUGCUUUCACAUAUUUAGCUAACCAUCUACCAUGUGUUUCAACACCAGCUGUGUCAUCUUUUGAAGUGUUAUUUUAUAAAUAAGUUUACAUGCUUAUAAAACGUGAAUUUAUUUGCGGUGUCAGUAGCGAUAAUCGUGUUGCUAUCAUUUUUAUUAGCUGUAUGAGAUGCCAACCACUGUAGGUAACAUGUUUAAGAUAAAUAAAAAAAUUGCAUGACCAAAAAUAAAUCAACCUGUUGAUGUGUUCUGAUUUUUCUCCUCCUCUUAACAGGACAUUAAGGCUCCUGACUUUGACAAUAGUCAGACUUCAGUUAGCUAUCAUGAUGUAUUCAACAUGGCCUUUUAUGAAAGAUUUUAUGAAAAUAAAGCACGAGUGCUAGUCGCAGGUUCAGAAAUCAUCAGAGGGCCACAUACAGGUUUCAGGGGGAUUAUGAUCUUACUUUAUGGCUAGCUGGGAGGGGCCUGUGGCCUGAAACUUUUUCAUUGUAAUUUGCAGUCAUGGUAUGGAAAAGGCUGUGAACUGUAUUAUUAAAAAAAAAAUCAGCUUGCCAUAUCCUCAGAUACUUCCAAAACUGUUUCUUAGUAAAGGCUCAAACCCCUCCAGGUCAUUUUAAUGGAGCUAGAAGUACAAGCCCUGGGUGUAAGACCAGUUGCCGGAAUGGGACUUGAACUGAGGGCCCAAAGGAAAAGACUGCUAGGUAAGUCAAAUCUCAAGCACUGGUUUGCAUUCAUGUUUUUCUUUAAAACAAAGACUCUGUAGUCUGCAACAUUUAUAACGUCCUCAGAUUCUGUUAUUAGUUACACCUGGGCAACCCCUUAAUGUCCAUGCACUGAUAAAAGUAAGAGUAGAACUUGGUCCAAUCUCUAUUACCUGACCAGUUAUAACCACCAAGAACUACAUUUAUCUUUACUAGGAAGUUUUAAUUAAAAACUGGUUUAUAUACCUGCUGAUCAAAAAAAUCAACUUUUUAAAACAGCUUGUGAUGCUGUCAUAGUUCAGCAACAGUCAAAGGGAUUAUCGUCCAAUAUAAAGUCUGCUUCUGGACUGAAAAGAAACAAGUACCUACAGACAAAGGAUUUUUAUUUUUGUUACAGUUUAAUACAACAAAACAGGAUGUGGAACAAAAGGCAUCCCAAUAACUAUAGUAAUGCAUUAGACACACUAGUCUGAAACCUAAAGCACAAGAUGUCAAUGCUUUAUAAAGCUAUUGUGUCUCACAAAAGGACUUCAGUACAUACUAUGUGAGUUAGCACAUCUUUAAUGUACUCUAGGCGCACUUUCAAAUAAUUUUUCUUUAUAUUUUGUUAAAAUUAACAGUUUAAUACCAUCCUAUAAGCUUGAAAACACAAACAUUCCACUCCUAAUUUAGUUUUUCCACUUGGCCAACAGAUCCCCCAUUUAAUUUCCAUUGAUUUUUCAUGUAUUCCCCUGUUCACACAGCAAUGUAGGUUUAAGUUUCGUUUAGCUAAAUGCUGGAUUGGUAGGAGCUUUCAUAUUACUGUCAGUUUUCAUCAAAAUAUUUCAUUUAAAAAGUGUCUUGGCACCACAGUGAAUUUUUAAAAGUGAAUAGUUACUUUGAAUGCAGAAGCUAUUUAAUCAUUACAACAGUUUUAAUGUACAGCUGUUAGACAAACUAGUGAGAUUGUCCAUUCUGUCCAUUCCCUUUUUUGUACGGUACAUUUCUCUCCCCCCUUAGUCUUAAGAGUUGUAUAUAUUAGUAUAGUUGCUGUAAAUAUGGAAUAUCUAAAUUUUCAAUAUUUUGUUUUAUUAACUUUAGCAAUUACAUAGCUAUUUAUUGCCUUAACUACAACCAUAGGAAUUUUAAAGUGACAUUAGCAUGUUACAAGAAACAUUUAUCAAUAAAAAACAGCUCAGCGCUUGGGUGUACUAUUGUAAAACUUGUGCAGAGCAGUUGAAUGCAGAACAUGAAAAGAAAACCACAUCCAGUUGUUAAACUUCUCAAAAUUCAAUAUUGCACUGCUUAUUUAUUUUGCAUUUUAUUAUUGUAACAAGUAGGAAUUGCUUACAAGGAAAUCUUUAAGUCCACCUUCCCCUCCUUAUACUUAGUGUUAUAUAUUUAUAUAGUUUACAAAAGAACUGGUAAUAACUGAGGCUGUACAUAAUUGGAUAUUUUCAUCUGGUCCUCAAAAAGAUUAUAAUAAUUUCAUAUACAGUAACCGGAAAAUAAAAAGCACAAACUAAAUGUACCUGGAAGUACAUAUUAACAUCAUUAAUUACCACAGUAAUUGAAAAUCCCUGAUCUUUAUUUCUAUAACAGAUUAACUCCAGGCUACUCCAAAACC